UUAUACUAGUUGCUUACCCCCUCUAGCUUACCACCAAUUUUUCCAUAUCAGACCCUUUUUAAUUUGUCAAAAUGCAGCCCAGCGCCAACAUGAUCCACCCCGAAGGCCCAGUGGUCAUCACCAUCCCGGAGAAUGCAAAAGUCCACAUCGUCGGCGAGACAAAUGCAGACUUCCGCCAAAGGGUCACCGUCGAGGAGAUUGGCAAAGGCAAAGAAAAGUACAUCUUCGAAGGCAGCGGUGAAGGCAAGGCCAUGACACUUGCGGGAGGAAAGGAGAGCGUCGACCUUGAGGCGAUCCAGGCCACUGGAUUCCGCACAUGGAAAUUCAACUUCCAGAACUCGAUCUCUGGCGCAGAGGACUCCUUUCGAACGUCAAAAGUGCUGCGUCCCGUCUACAACACCGUUUACGAUACCGACUACAAAGUUCGAAAAAUGGAGUGGAAGAUUGCGAGCGAAGAUAACAUUGAUGAUGAUUACAACGAUGCGGUCAUCACUGUCAGCGCCGACAUUUAAGUGGCUUUUUACUUGGACUCGGUGAGGCUUUGGGGAAAUACCAGUUGAGCUUUAGAGUCUUGGAUUUGCUCUGUAUUUAGCAUUCGUUCAUUCAGGUGAGCCUGCCUAUGUAUGGCUUUUCUCGAUGAGAACGCCUCCAAGAGUAGCGUUUCUGGAUAUGAUGU